UGGAGAGAGAACUCUCUACCGGUAUUUUGAACCUCAAAACCCCCUUCACCCAUCUCCGCUGCCCCGGAAUUUGCCAGGGUUCUCUGUCUACGGAACGAAUAAGGGUAUGGCUCCAUUGAUUUGCGAUGCGGGGGCUGACGGAGGAUCAAAUGCCUGGGGCUUUUCUUUUCGUGCAACGAUGAUGUUUCUUUAGGAGACUCUCCUCGAGCACCUUCUUUCCCACGUUCACUUUUGUUUUGAUAGCCUCACAUUUCGUCACUCUUUUGUAGAAACCAUGAAGGCGCCCUUCCUCACCGCCAGUCUACUCGCAGCUAGCGCUCUCGCAGUUGAUCUGGAUGCUUCGGUAUCACUCAACCCCCUCAACUGCAAGUGCUUCCCGGGAGACACGUGUUGGCCAUCAACCCAAGACUGGGACAGCUUGAACCAGACGGUCAGCGGCCGGUUGGUUGCCACGGUGCCGCUCGCCCAGGCCUGUCACGACCCCAACUACGACCCCGUGAGAUGUCAGGCUCUGCGUGAUGGCUGGCAGAAUCCGGCUACUCACAUGGAUGAUUCGGCUUCGGUCAUGGCCCCUUUCUUUGCCAACCAGAGCUGUGACCCUUUUACCUCACAGUCGAAGCCCUGCACACUGGGCAAUUAUGUGGUCUACGCCGUCGAGGCCGAGUCGACCGCCGACAUAGUUGCUGCAGUCAAGUUUGCCAAAAAGAACAACAUUCGUUUUGUCAUCCGCAACACCGGUCAUGACUACCUUGGCCGCUCCACGGGCGCUGGGGCUCUGUCGGUAUGGACUCACAAGCUCGACGGCAUCGAGUUCAAGGAGUGGAACGACGAGGACUACAGAGGCAGUGCCGUGAAGCUUGGCGCCGGCGUACAAGGCUUCGAAGCCAUGUCGGCGGCUCUCGAGAAGAAGCAGGUUGUCCUUGGCGGCGAAUGCCCAAGCGUCGGCAUUGCUGGUGGUUACACCCAGGGCGGUGGCCAUUCCGCCCUGAGCACCUCCUUCGGCUUGUCGGCCGACAACACGCUCGAGUUUGAAGUCGUCACAGCUGCUGGUGAGAUCGUCACGGCCUCGCAAGCACAAAAUACCGAUCUGUACUGGGCGCUCUCCGGCGGAGGCGGCGGCAACUAUGGCGUCGUUGUCAGCAUGACCGUCAAGACUUUCCCUGACGCCCACGUCAGCGGCGCUACCCUCUCGUUCUACGCCAGCGAAAACCCAACCGAGUCCUUUUAUGGCGCCGUCGAUGCCUUCCACGCCGCCCUCCCCGCCAUGGUUGAAGCGGGAGCUAUGACGGUGUACUUCUUCACCUCUGACUUUUUCAUGAUCGCGCCAUUGACAGCCUACAACAAGACCGCCGCCGAGGUCGAGGCCAUCAUGGCCCCCUUCCUCACCACACUCACUGCAAUGGGCGUCAAAUACACCUCGGCCUACAGCCAAAGCGCCACCUACUACGAGCACUACGAUAAGUACUUCGGCCCGCUCCCCGCAGGCAACAUCCAGGUCGGCAUCGCGCAGUACGGCGGGCGGCUAGUCCCGCUCUCAGCCUUCGAGGCCAACGCGACCGGCAUGUCGGCCGUGACGCGGUACAUCGCGGAGAAGAACGUGACCUGGAUCGGCGUCGGCACCGACGUCUCGCGGUUCGGCGGGGGCGGCACCAACGCCGUGCUGCCGGCCUGGCGCGCCGGCCCGAUCGUCCACGCCACCCUCACCACCGAGUGGUCGUUCGACCCGGCCGCGUGGGACCGCAUGCUCGCCAACCAGCGCCUCAUGACCGACGAUAUCCUUCCUAGGCUCGAGGCCGUCACCCCCGGCUCUGCCAAAUGUUUUGAUCUGUAA